AUGUCCCUAAAUUCAAUCGAUACAAAAACAAAAAAUAAAUUGCAAUCUGAUCAAGUUAUUUUAGAUCUACAAUCUGCCGUCAAAGAAUUAAUUGAGAACAGUUUAGACGCUAAUUCAAGCAUAAUUGAAAUUAAUUUCUAUAAUUCUGGUUUCGAUGGGUUUAAGGUUAUUGAUAAUGGCUUUGGUAUCCACGAAUCAUCCUUCUCAUCCUUAACUAAGAAGCACUUUACUUCAAAAUUAUCCAAUUUCGACGACCUCAACAAUUUAUGCACUUUCGGUUUCCGUGGUGAAGCCUUAUCCAGCUUAUCUACCAUCUCUAAGUCCUUCGAUUGCUUAACUGCAACCGAUGUGACGUCACCAAAAGCUACAAACAUCUCCUUCGAUAACAAAGGAAACAUUACUCAGUUAAGACACAAUAUCCCAAGACAAAGGGGUACCACCAUCUCUUUGUCUACUUUAUUCUACAAUUUACCCGUUCGAAGAAGGGAGUUCGAAAAGAACCUUAAGAGAGAAUUCAGCAAAGCUAUCAACUUGUUACAAUCUUAUGCGUUAUGCCCUUUACACUCAAGUGUCAAAUUCAAUAUUUCCAACUAUAAUAAAGCUAAUAAGAAGUCUAUCAUCUUUCAAACUGCAGGUAAAUCUUCUUUACCUUCUUCAAUCGCUUCUGUAUUCGGCUCAACAGCAAAUCAAUCUUUAGUUCCGCUCUCUUUAGAAUUACCUGUUCAAGUCGAUCCUUCUAUAGCAAAACGUGAGGGCAUAACUAACACUUCGUUCACUGUAAACCUGAUUGGUUCAAUAUCUAAACCCUUAUUCGCUCAUGGAAGAUCUACUUCUGACAGACAAUACUUUUAUAUCAAUGGUAGACCUUGUAAUCUACCAAAAGUCGCCAAAACAAUUAAUUCCCUAUUCAGAUCUUACAUUAAUCAAUCUUAUCCUUUUAUCGUCGCUGAUUUUAAGAUACCCACUGAUGCUUACGACGUCAAUAUUACUCCUGACAAGCGUACAAUUUUCUUACACUUUGAAUCUAGCUUAAUAGAUUCACUCAACUACCAUUUGAACCUAUUUUUUGAACCAUUUAGAGGUCACUUUACGAUAAACAAACAGUCUCAAUCAGUUCCAACGCCAAUUAUUCAUCAACCUAGCAUUCAAAUGCACUCAAUCCCUUUAAAUGAACCCCCAAAUAAGCUUUCUGAUUUACCUCAAAAGGAUGCUGAUGAUGAUCAACACAGCUACGAUAGGGAUGCUGAGUCAUUGUCAGAGGAACAAAUUAGUCAAGAUGAUUUUCAAAAAAAGCCCAAUAACAACUCAAUUGAUAGCGACAAUGAUGGUUCGGUUGUGUGCGAGAAGGUUAACGAUUUACCCGAAAAUCCAAUGAGUAGCUCUCAAAUAAAUACGAGACAUGCUUCAUGGGCAUCAGAGGUGUUUCCUGAUAAUCAAGUAACAGUUGAUCGAGCACCUAAAAGAAGGAAAACUGAGACAGAACUAAUUGAUGAGAUUAGCGAUAGAGAGACUGACACGAAAAUUCGAAUCGAUCAAACUGAUUCAAAAGUUUUUGACAAUGGCUUUUACAAUCAAAUAGAUGAAAAUGAUGUCCAGAAUCCUCAUAACAUUGACAUGCAAAUCGUGAAUGACACUUUUACGAUCGACGAAAGCUCAGAAGAUGAUGAGCCAAACUACUUUAGACAGUCACUGACUGUUAAUAUUGACGAACUUCAUUAUAAAUGGCAAAAAGAUACAAACAAAUCGAACGCAUUGACUAAUGAAAAUUCGCAAAAGUUGUACUCAGAAAAACUGGAAAAAGCUGGAAUAGAGAACUUUGAUAACUCUCAAGCUGCAGAGCAAGCGCUAUCGCGAGUAUUGCACAAGACUGACUUUGAGAAUCUAGAAAUACUUGGGCAGUUCAACUUAGGGUUUAUGAUAGUCAAACGCAAGGCUGUCAACGACAAUGGUCUACAAGAGAAUGAUCUCUUUAUCGUUGACCAACAUGCCGCAGAUGAGAAGUAUAAUUACGAGAAGCUACAACUCAAUUCUAGGAUACAGUCUCAGAAGCUUAUCAAGCCACGUACUCUCGAUUUAAGUGCGUCUGAUGAAUUGACAGUUUUUGACAACCUGGAGACGCUCAAACAGAACGGCUUCGAAAUUCAAGUUGACGGAGAUGGCGCGAGUGGUAGACGAUGCCAAUUGGUAGCUCUGCCCCUGUCAAAAACUACAGUGUUCGAUUUGAGGGUAGAUUUAGAAGAGCUGAUUCAUGACAUCAAUGAAAAUCCAAGCCAGGUUCCCCGAUGUACAAAAGCAAAAGACAUGUUUGCUAGUCGAGCAUGCAGAAUGAGUGUAAUGGUUGGAAAAUCCCUGAAGAAGAAGCAAAUGACAAGCAUCGUUAGGAAUCUUUCAACACUCAAACAGCCCUGGGUGAGUAUCUUCAAACUACUAUCAUUGAUUAAACUCCUAAUCUGUGUAGAACUGUCCUCAUGGGAGGCCAACGCUGCGGCACCUACUAAGCUUAGAGAACAAGCAGGAUGA